UUGACUGAGGAUGUCCAUCGACUUCAAAAGGAACAGUGUGUCCGUCCUGUUGUAGUUUUGAAAAGAUCUUGGUUUUGAAAUUUCACUUUCCAUUAGUUUCAAUGGCAUUCUUUGUCUAGAAUCUGAAUUCUAUGGGAAAAGGAGAGUUGUAUUGUGGAAUCCAACUACCAACGAAUUCAGGCUCCUUCCUUUGCCUGAGAAAAAUCCUGCAUGGAAACUUUUCGCCGAUCAUUAUCAAAUUGGUUAUGAUCAUAUUAAAGAUGAUUAUAAGAUGAUUCGGUGCACACGUUAUUCUCCAAAAAUCGUUCCUAUCUAUCAUGUGCCAUCUGAACACUUGUGGGAGAUGUAUAGCCUAAACAGUAACUCUUGGAAGAAAAUUGAUGCUGAUGUGCCACAUUCUUACUGUAGCAUUGAACACGCAUACUUGAAUGGAGUGUGUCAUUGGUUGGAUAAAACUGAAACAGAUGUCUAUUUGGUGUCGUUUGACUUCUGCAAGGAAUCUUUUAUUACAACACCCAUACCCUCUUACGUAUAUGAUAGUUUGGAUUUUCAUUUGGUCCGAAGACGCUUGAUGGUAUUGAAUGGAUCUAUUGCUUUUAUGGUACAUGAUACUGAGGCUUCUACAUUUCACAUUUCAAUUUUGGGUGAGCUCGGUGUAAAGGAAUCAUGGACGAAGCUAUUCGUUGUUGGACCCUUACCUUGCCUUGGCCAUUUUGUUGGAGCAGGGAAGAAGGGCAAUAUACUCCUCAGGAAAAAAGACAGUGAACUAGCCUGGUUUGAUUUAAUUACCGGGAUGAUUGGUGUUACAACAGAGAGGUUUUAUUAAGAUAUUAUUCCACAAAGAAAGCCUACUUCCAAUUGGAGGAAUAUAUACAAAUUUUCCUUCUUGUUUUCACCCAAUAGAUAUAUGAUUAUGCCUAUUAAGAGUUUUUCCUGUACUCAAAGUGGCGGCUUGUCAAAUGCCCAUAUCUUUUUUUAUCUAUUUUAUUUUAAAGUUUUACUCCCUUAGUA